GCCGGGCUCGCGCUCCGGGUCCGCGCCCAGCAUGUCCGCGGGGUCGCCGGCCGCCCGUGGGCUCCUGCCGCUGCUGCUGUCGCUCCUGCCGCUGCCGCAGGUGACGCUGGGCUUCUCGGACCGCAGCUGCGACCCCUCGGACCAGUGCCCGCCCCAGGCCCGCUGGAGCAGCCUGUGGCACGUGGGGCUGAUCCUGCUCGCCAUCCUGCUGCUGCUGCUGUGCGGGGUCACGGCCAGCUGUGUCCGGUUCUGCUGCCUCCGGAAGCGGGCGCACGCCCAGACGCACCUGUCGUCAAGGCCCCAGCCUUGCGACCUGACGUUCAUCCCCAUGGACAGCGACAGCCCGGCGCACAGCACUGUGACCUCCUCUACGACCUCGAGCUGCCUCCCUCCUACGAUGAAGCUGUCAAGGUGGCCAAGCCCGGUCAGGAAGAGCCGCGCCCUCAGUAGCCAGCCCCCUUCCCAGGGCCUCAGGUCUGGAGACCCCGCCAAGGCCGAGGAGCCGAGCCUCAGAGCCUGACACCGCCAGCUGUGGCCCCGGUGCCCCUCAGGGGGGACGGGGAAGCGGAAGGUCUCCUGAGCUCCCAAUGGCACCGGCCCCCUCGCGCUCCCAGGAGACCGCAGCCCACCCUCAGCAUCCUUCCCCAGGGAAGGCCAGACGUCCAGCACAUUGCUGCAGCCCUGGCCUCGUUGCCGUGCGACGCCAGGCAGACACACGCGUGAGUGCGCACGGGCUGCUACGUCCAGCCCCGGCCCCGGCCCCGGCCCCACCCCAGCCGGCCCUCUGCCAAAGGAAGCCCCGCAGGCCUAGGCCUCCGCAGCUUUUUGGAGAGAAUAAAGUUUGU